AUGUCAAAAAACCAUGAUAGAAAAAGAAGUAGAGCUGGUGAGUGCUAUUUUGAUAAGUUUCAUACUAAAUUUUGGGAAAGACCUAUUACACAAUUUGAUAAAAUUAGGAACACAAAUUUAGAAAUUCAAAAAAGAUGUGAGAGUCAUAUAAAUUAUACUCUACCUCCUUCAUAUGAAGAAGUAACUGCUAUGCUAAGCCAUUCUAAUAGGGGAAGAGAAUGA